AUGUGGCGCUACGGCGGCCCUGUGGGAUCGUCGCUAAUCCUCCCUUUUAAGACAUCGGUAUACGACGUCAUUCUCGGUGUUGUUCCCGCGCUCGAAGCCUCAUCCAAAUCGACACCCUUUCGCAGAGACGUUGCCUUUGGGCAAUCGAGUCGCGGGAACGAUGGCUGGAGAAACUCCGGAGGGAGCGUCGCAGACUGCCACAGUAGUAUGGGCACGAGUAGGACACUUGGGGCCAGAUGUAGCGGGGUGGAGAUGAACAGCAACGAGAAUCGGCGAAAAGCGCCAGCCAGCGCAUCUGCUAUGCAAUCAGGCCAUGCUGCGGGAUCAGUGGAGACAACCGCCGGAGGAUGGCCGACGCUAGGGAUUAUUCGCGCUGGUUAG